AUGUCGAGCGGUAGUGCGCGGGCAGUUUCUCGAGGAGUGGCGAAGAAGGUGCUUGCGAUCGAGACGGGCGAAGGAGCGGGAGCUGUGGUACGACGUUCCAUCGGCACGCCUUCGCUGCGAAACAUCUCGCCGUUUCUGAUGCUGGAUCACUUCCGCAUCGGAGAAGGAGCUGGAUUCCCAGACCACCCGCAUCGUGGGCAAACGACAAUUUCGAUUCUGCUUGAAGGCACUAUUCAGCACGAGGACUUUGCAGGGCAUGCGGGGACGAUCGGUCCAGGGGAUGUGCAGUGGAUGAACGCGGGUCACGGCAUCAUGCAUGCUGAGAUGCCGAAGCAUAGGGAUGAUGCAGGGAACAAGCUGCCUGAUCCGGUGGGGUUGCAGUUGUGGGUGGAUCUGCCAAAGGAGGCCAAGAAGGAACCACCGAGCUACCAGGAGUACCGGAGCGAACAACUCCCGAAGGCGGAAUCGAAGGAAGAAGGGUGGAGGAUUAAGGUCGUAGCGGGCGAAUCGCACGGGGUGAAAUCGCCCAUCGAGCUGCCCAAGAACGGCGGAGUGCUGCUCCUCGACGUAACCCUGGAACCCAACUCUACCGUCUACCAAGACAUCGACCCUCGCUACAAUGCCUUUAUCUACACCCUCCAGGGUCAGAUCUCCAUCGGCGACUCCUCGACCUCUUCUGCUCCCGUUCAACCGAAACUCGCAUUCAACCCUUCCCCCGCACCCCCCGCUCCAGGGGAGAUCAUCGAACCAUACCACACCCUAGUCCUCACGAAAACCGGAGAACCGGGCGUACGCAUCACCAACUCCAACGCGUCCACCCCUGCUCGUCUUGUCCUCGUCGCAGGCGAACCGCUCGAUCAAGAGGUGUACCAGUACGGUCCGUUCGUCAUGACCAACCGAGCUGAAAUCCAGCAGACGCUGAUGGACUUCCAGAGCGGUCAAAAUGGCUUCGAACGGGCGCCGGGGUGGAGGAGUAAGAUCGGUGCAGCCAUGAGGUGA